UCCACUAGUGUCUUCCUUCUCUCAUCCUUUUGGUAUAAUUAGAAAGAGGGGACAUAUAUAUAUUUCUGAGUUUUCUUUGAGAUAUUUAUAUCAAAAGCCUCCCAACAACCAUGGCUUUGCUUCCGGUGAAGCCUCUAUCUUCCCACCGCUUUCAGGUUCUCCGCCGUUACCCCAUUACUUCAGCUCUGUCAACAGCUCCGUCAAUGGUUUCGGCCGGUUUCAAAACGCAUCAUUUCGUAGGACUCCCUUCGUAUGAGCUAUGUAUCAAUAAAUCUGUAAGGCAUAUGAGGUCGUGGAGCAAUCGUCGCCGAGUAAGCAAAAGCGUCGGCGUGUCUAUGCCGGUGGCUUCGGCUGAGGAUUCACCGACGGUUUCUUGGGAUUCUUGGAAGCCCGACAAGAACACGGUGGCUCCGUCACUGAGUGACGUCAUUUGGCCGGCAGCAGGAGGGUUUGCAGCUAUGGCGAUAAUGGGAAGGAUAGAUCAAAUGCUAAACCCUAAAGGGAUCUCUAUGUCGGUUGCACCACUUGGUGCUGUCUCUGCCAUUCUCUUCACCACUCCUUCUGCACCUGCUGCUAGGAAAUAUAAUAUGUUCAUGGCUCAAAUCGGAUGUGCAGCCAUUGGAGUGUUGGCCUUCUCCAUAUUUGGGCCGGGUUGGUUCUCCCGCAGCACCGCCCUAGCUGCUUCCAUUGCAUUUAUGGUCAUUGCUCGUGCUAAUCACCCUCCUGCGGCGAGUUUACCACUAAUGUUCAUAGACGGAGCAAAGUUACAAAAGUUGAACUUUUGGUACGUAUUAUUCCCAGGUGCAGCCGCUUGUAUCCUCCUCUGCUUCCUCCAAGAGAUCGUAUGUUACUUGAAGGAAAACAUGAAAUUUUGACGAAUGGAAAAGAGACAAGUGUUUAUAUGUAUGUAUACACACAUUGGUGGAGUUCAGUUACUCGCAGAACUUUUCCAUUCACUACGGUUGCAAUCAUAAUAAGACAUCGCUGAU